AUGUAUGAGAGCCUCGAUGCUCUAACCAAAAAUUCACAGUCAACGCCGCUUACAUCGCCAACAUCUCCAACAUUUCCCCCAACUCCAACAGCUCCAAUUAUUCCAAUACAUUACAAACCUAAUACAUUACCAAUAUCACCUUCUUCAUACAAUUCAUCAUAUAUUCCACAUGAGAUUGAAAUAGUAAAUUCAUAUGAUUACCAAAGUCGAAGACAUUUCAAGAUAAUCGGUGACACCUUUAGCAGCAUCUUGCCAGAUGAUGAUAGUACAAAUUGUCGUCGUUAUCGUCAUACAUCACAAAUUUCUUCGAUAUCAACUGCUUCCUCAUCAGAUUUUUCAACCUUAACCGUAAAUACUUCAAGUUCAACUACAUCAUCAUCGUCUACGCUUAAUAAUAAUUUAUUUGACACGGAUGCUGAUGAUUUAGCUUUUGAAAAAUUGAUUCAAUUCGACCCUAAUAAUAACAAUGCGAAUAUUCCUCUUUCUCCUAAUAAUACAAAUUUUGAUGUGAUCAUUAGCGUGGGAGAAGGACCAUCUGUUAAAAGGUUUCGAAGUCAUUCAAUCAUCCUAUGUAAAAGGUCAUAUUAUUUUCGUACCGCCUUUUCAAACCAUUGGGUAAAAAAACAGGGUGAUAUGUAUUUCUUUGAUAAACCAAAUUUGUCCUCAAAAGUAUUUACCACAAUACUAAGAUAUCUUUAUUUUGGAAAUGUUAAGUUGGAAAGAUUGGAUAUUUUGACCAUUUUGGACUUAUUAAAAGCAUCAGAUGAAUUGGUUCUCCAAGAUUUUACACAUGAUAUACAAUCAUAUUUCAUUCACCUAAACUCUGAUUGGUUAAAAACGAAAAUAGUUCCGAUAUUACAAUGUUCAUAUUCAAAUCCAAUAGCAUUUUCAAAACUUUUGCUUCACACAUUGACAAUAAUCAAGAAGGACCCAACUUGUUUACUUAUACAGAAUGAUUUGCAUUUACUAACGGAGCAAAUUAUGGAUAAGAUUUUAAAUGAAUGUUAUAAUGGAUUAGAUGAUUGGGCCAUUUGGCAAUGCAUUUUACAAUGGGCCAUAGGACAAGAAAAGAUUUAUGAAUUUUCUCAUGACAUUAAAAAAUGGCAUCAAUAUGAAUUUAAUACGUUUCAUGAGUUAAUAUUUAAUUUGGUGGAAAAAUAUGUUAGAUUUAGUCAUAUUAGUAGAAAUUAUUUUUUAGACAAGAUUUUGCCUUAUUUAAAUUAUUUGACGAGAGAUUUUGGAUCAGAUGUUGGAGAGGAAAUCGUCAGAUACUAUUUGUCAAAUAAUCAACGUAAUAAUUAUCAUCAUACAACACAUCACAAGUCCACGCAACAUAAAAAGGCAUAUACAAAUUUUCAUACAUCAACGAACAUCAUUUUAGAAGAUUCCGCAUUAAUGAACCAUUUACAAGCAUUGAAAAUCACUGAUUGGAUACAAGAAAGCAAUUACGUUGUUCCUAACGUUGUCAAUACCACGAAUUUUCCUUCUAAACUAAAGAAAUCAUCAAUGGCGACGCCAGCUGCUUAUCAAUUUAAUCUCUUGUUCAGAAUGACUCGUGAUGGUGCUUCUACUCAUCAUGAUAGAUGUAUUAAUCAAGGUCCUGCUCUGGUAGUAGCCAAAAUAAAAUUACCAUCGUCAGGUUCAACCUUGGGAGGAUAUAUUUUAGUCGGAGGUUAUAAUCCUGAUUGUACAAAAAGCACGAAAGAUUGUUCAAAGAAUUUUAAAGUUUCGCCUAUUACGCUCUCGAUGAAAAAACCCAAAAAGGAACUAUUUUAUUCCAGAGUUAAUAACAAUAAGUCUUCUGAAUCAGUUAAUAAUUAUAAUAGAUUUGAUAAUGGUACGAAUGAAUUGUAUUUUUCCGAUGAUUUAAUUAUUAAUUUUCAAGAGAAAUUUGUUAAAUUUAAUGGUGGGCAUAAUUUUGGUUUAAUUGAAAGUGAUAUCGUUGAAUGUGAAAUUUUCCAAGUUAAAGAAUUAUGUUAUUAA